CUCUCACUCUCAAUACCAAAAAACAAUGAGUACUAUGCGCCCCUUCCUCCGAAUCCCACCCCGUCUACGGAUGCCAAUCUCCCCCAUUCCUCUCGGUCGCAAUUCAAUCAACCUUAAUCUCUCCACCCAACGCGCGCACGUUCACGAUACCGCGCAGAAAUUCUCGCAGGCCAACGAGCACGAUCCGCAAGAAGAAUGCGACCGUGAAAAUACCCCCAACCACCCGAUGCCGUCCAACAAUGCCCACCCCACGCUGCGGGACGGCAGACAGUCCAAUCUCGCUGAUAUGGAGGGAAAGCGACACGAGGAUCUACCGGAGGAUGUGAGGCGGCAUAACGAGGAGAUGGAGCAUCGAUAUGAUCGGCCGUAUAAUCAUACCGCGGACGAGGGCAGGAUUGAGCAUGCGUUUGAGAAGAAAUGAGUGGUCGAGUACUUGGGACUGCCAUGUAGUAGAUGAAUGUAUUUUGUAC